UUGGAAUUAAAAUAGUCGACCCUAAGUGGACGUCCGACCAGAACAUCCAGGGCACCAGGAGGCUCGGGGCGAUUCCGUGGUCUGAACGAGUGGACGGCGGCACCCAUGGAGGAUCACUUGGAGAUUCAUCUCUUGGCGAACCGCAGCACCACCGAUGAGUCGAAUGGCAAGUACACGAACUACACGAUUUACAUCAAGAACGUGUCCACCGGUCAAAAGCACUCUGUCCAACGGCGGUAUUCGCAUUUCUACGAGCUGAGGAACCAACUCCUGGCGAUCGUAAACUGGGGUCACUGUCCGUUCUGCACGCACUGCUGCUCCGUGAUCAAGUCGUAUCCGUUCCCGAAACGGACACCUCUCUCAUGGCAGCUCAGCGUCGUCCAAGAACGCAUUGACGGCCUUGCUCUCUUUCUUAAAGACAUCCUGCGCGAUCUCCUCAAUGGUGCGUUUCGGCAGUGUCACCAUGCCGACACAAACAUCCGUCUCAACGUCAUUCGAUCGUUCCUUGAAGUCGACGAGCAGCAACUCAUGCGGCGUGUGCACAAGGUCCCGCCCGAAGUCAAAGUCGAGCGGUUUCGAUCAUUCCUGGAGCCGCCGCGCGUGACGCCAGAAGUCACGCCCAAGCGAAAAGUGUCCGCGGACACAUGUCCGUCGUGUUUGUCCAAGUGGAUCGACUGUUAUUGCAAUGACGACGAGAUGUUCUCCGAACGAAUACGAGAAGUCAUGUCGCCGACCGUGUAACGUUGGGCAUGGGACCAUCCACAGUCGGAGGUUGCAUUUAAGUAUAUAAGCGUCGUCGGAUCUGUACGCAUGGAACGCUCCUUAUUCCCCGCCGCGACGGCGAUGGUGCGUGGGUCCCCUGCUGCGCUUGACGGUUCCAAGCACGAGCUCCUGCGAGACGCUGAGGUCUUGGAGCCCCGGUGCCAGGCGUUGAAGGAGUCAACGCCACCAAGAGAGGUGGCCUUGCGAGGGCAAAACUUGGUCGUCGACACUUGGCACGAUGUCUAGCGAUGGGACCGGUCGCAGUUGCGAUUCUCCUCAUUCGGCGAGUGGGCAUGAAAAUAUGCGAUGACGCCGGAAUGAUCUCUUUCGGGCCACGAAGCAAUCGGACACAGCGGGCAUGACUCGG